GGGUCACCGCCGCCAUUUCCCUGCGUUUCCAGUGCGUUUAAGUAGGGAGAACAAUAAAUCCGCAAUCCGGCGUUUGUCUGAAGGGAGAUGGUGGAAAAGACAGUUUAACACUGCUAUAACCUGCCGAAGAGCUCUGGUCCCAAAGUAUGUCCGGAACAAGGAAGGAGGGAAACUAAAACGGAAGAACUGCAACAAAAACAAUAUGAUAUGAUAACCAGGAAAAGAAAGAGGACCAAGGAAGCUGUACAACUUCAAACCGCAUCUUCCAACCCAGCUUCUGGAAAUACGGUAUGUGACGCCUUUGAAGUGUCUGAAAAUACAACUCGGGCUAACCAACAGCAGCAAUUCUGCCCUGUGACGAGUGAGGAGCUGUCGGGACUGGAAUUUUCCGAUUUGUUCGACAUUGAAGAUUUUAACUGGAAAUUGGAUAAAGACCCCAGUUCUCUGCUUUUCGACGUUGGUCUGGACGGGUUUUCACAUCAUGCUCCUGAUGACAGAACAACGCAGCUGGAUUCUGACCAGUGCUCGUUUGGGUCGCUGCAAAACCUAAUGAACUCAGAAGGUGGCGCAACCGAUGCUCAGUAUCAGUUCCAAAAGCUACAGAGGCGUGGGCAAAAAGCUCAGCAAUUUACAGCAGAUCUACCAGGGAGGAGCAACCGCAACGCUAUUGCUGCCAGAGUGAAUCGUUUGAAAAAGAAAGAGUACGUCAGCGGAUUGGAAAAUAAAGUUACCAGUUUGUCGACGGAGAAUAAGGAGCUGAAAGAAGAGAAUAAACAACUGAGCAAGAGGUUGGAUGAGCUGGAAGACGAGACGAGGUACCUCAGGGCUGUCCUGGCUAACGAAAGCACGUUAGCCCAGCUCUUAAGCAGACUCGCCGGUGGGAAUGGGAUGAAGCUGUCUACCUCGCUUUUCAAGGAACCCAAAGAGAACGACCACGAUUACGCGCUUCCCGGGAAAAGGGUGAAGGUGGAGGAAAAGGAAACGACCGGAGGGAUUUGUCUUCACGUCGAUAACAAUAUCGUCUCUGUGGAAUUCUGCUCUAAAUGUGCCGAAAGUGCAAUCUCGUCACAUAAAAUUUUUUUUCUAGGUGACUGUCUUGCCAUGCUGUGUUGGUGGGGGUUACAGAACAGCCAUGCACCUGACUCCAUGUGGAUACUGCUGUGGUGGAAGCUGAAGAAACGGGACCCGCUGCUGGCAUCAUGUCCUGAUUUUUUAUUAAAAGGUAGUAUAAGAUGGAUUGUAAGUUUUCACAGCUUUUGCUGGCAUGGCCAGACUUCUAAUUAUUGAAGAUAAUGCAAGCGAGGCGGGGUGGGAUGCAGCAUUGGAAAAGUAAGCACGCUGUAGUUACAGAAGAGUGCUUUAAAGAAAGACACCCCCUGGAUUAUUUUAAGUGCUAUAGGGGCAUGCACUUGAGUCACGUUCAUAGGUUUGUUUGCUAGAGAUUGAACAUUUUAAUGGAAUUAGUUUUAUGGUUCCUGUAGCAGUUUAUUUAGUAGUUUACUUAAAACCAGAACCCCUAUGGGCCCCAAGUCUAAGAAUAUGGAGGUGUAUCUUGAAAAGUAUUUCUGUUGCGCUACUCUAAGCUAAAUCUCAGGAAGAUAACAAAGGCAAGAGGAGGAGGAAUUGUUCAAUAAGCACUUUGGCACCGGACUGUAUAAAGAAUGCAUAAAAUGGUCCUUUACUCCUAUUACUAUUUCUCAGGUAGAAUGGCCAGUAACAUUCAUUGGAUGAUGCAGUGAAAAAGAGUUGCUCCUAAUAAUCCCUAUUGAUAGCUGUAAUAUUUAAAACUGUCUACCAGUUAGGCCAGUUAUUAAAUGUGUUUUGGAGUGAUUUAAAUGGUAUAGUAUGCUUUAUUUAAAUUUCAGAUGGAAUUUCAUGCCAGCAAAAGCUGUAUCUUAUUUUUUUUUCUCAAUUGCUUGUAUCAGUCGGUUUUGUAUAUAAGUUGAAUCUGAUGCCAGUACUUAUGUUUCGAGUUGAAUUAUUCUGGGAAUCAAUAAAAUAUGUUCGUUUCACAAUAAAAGUAAUUUUGGUAAUGCAUUUAAUGGUUAAGUUAUUUAAACACCAAGCAAAUCAAAUUAAUGUAUAGGAAGGAAAUACUGGUGUUAUGCAUUUUUAUCAGUUUUGUAAAUCAGGUCUACACUGUCCCUUUUUAUGCACAACAAAUAUUUAAAGGCUUUGAAUUAAUGCUUAUUUCUCUCUCUCUUCAAACAGCAAGCAUUCUCUGCAAAAACAGCAGCUAUAGUCUUUAUCCCCAUCAUUAUGGAUUAAAUUGCGGUAAUUGUCCAAUGUAUGUUUUAUGCUCAAUACAUCUACUGUUCUGUAUGUUCUGCUUCAUACUGUACAGUUGUAGUUGUGAGCUGCUAUGAGGGGUGUGGAAGCAUUGCUUUAGCAACAGUAUUGAUUUUGAAUUCAGGGUCUACUGCAGUUGUGUUUUACCAGGUCUGUGCAUUAAGUCUGCACUGAUUUUUCAGAUCACAAAGUGCUUAAUAUAUAAAUACAAAUUUCCACAGCGAGAACGUAACUGUUAGACCAGGCUAGAGGUCCAAUGUGAGUGCAUGUUUUAAGCACAAGGCCCUAACAGUAGUUUACUGAAAAACAUACUCUUCCAGUCAUCACAAAUCUAUUGAAUUGAAAUAAAAAUAGAUUCAUUUGACCCGUCUUAAUCUUGGUCUGGCACAAGGGCAAAAAAGUGCCAUUCGUCUGCAGUUAACAUUUAAGUUGAGGAAAUAUUAACUGCUGAAAAAGAUGAACGUGUCUAUUGAUUGACUUGAUGUUGAGGGUCCUUCCUUGACCCAUUUAAUACCUUUUGGUGUCUAGCAACACAUCUAAUGUGCUGAAACAUCUGCCAGAGUUGUCCUUCUGCAAAAGAGCAACCCACGUCUGUUUGUUUUUUUUACAAUACAUUUGUAAACUUUCUUCAAACACACA